AUGCUUCGGGGAGGCAGGGGACCCGGGCAUGGACUGCGUGAGCGACUGCGUCUCCCGUCUGCUCAGCCCCUCGUCGUCGUCGCCGCCGUCAUCAUCACCGUUGUCGUCGUCGUCGUCGUCGUCGUCGUCGUCGUCUCCCCGACACAGCUUCCGUCGUGCACAUGUCUCGCCAGUCCGUGGACGGAGCACCUCGACCGCGGUGCGACGUGCGUCGUGUCAAUCUCGCCACGGCGUCUCGCUCUCGGCCCUCGCCCGCUUGGUGCCGUCUCCUGCGAGCCCGGUUCUCGACUCGGCCACCCGCCUCCUCCUCUCACGUACCUUUGCUCCGCCGGCGGCUGCCUUGAAAAGCAGUCUCACACACUGGUCGAGAUUGGCCUUGAUCGAGGCCGUGGAGCAGAUCUGACCGACUGCCUGGGCUUCUGGCCAGACAAGGAGCACGAUGCGGUACGUACGACAGACUGGGACGGGGUUACGCGAACCGCCAUCGCCGUGGUGAACUAG